GGUGUGGUGGACCUGCGCUCAGCUGAGACACAUACACGGUGGUGGACUCGGGACGAGGAGUUAUUGCCCGAGAAGUUUGCAGUGAGUGUUGAGGAUUUUUGGAGCCCAUGUUGGCGCUCUAGGAGACUGAACUAUUUGUUUUCGUUGAGGUGUGGAUCAAGCUAGGCGCGCUGGAUUCCUCAAAGGAAAAUUUCUUCUCUGUUUUCAAGCGAAGGAUGUGGAUUACAGGCAAGAUUGACCAGACCUCGCAUAAAGAACAAAUAUUCUCGGACUUGUACAAUGAAUGUCGAAAUAUUGCACCCGGGGCUCGACUAUCCUACAUGCUGCGGACCAGGCUGGAGAGAUUCCAGAGGGAAGACAGGAAAGAGAUUGUGACCAGAACUCGAGAUGGUUGUGCCCCACUCUUUGUUGCAUGCAAGAGAGGCAAUGUUGAAGUGGUGGACUACCUCAUAACAACGUGUAGUGCAGAUGCUGAACAACGGGGACUAUACGAGGUGCCAGACGACCGAUCAAUCCACAAUGUGACACCAUUGUGGUGUGCAUCAGUAGCUGGCCGUCUACCUGUUGUCAAGUGUUUAGUUCAGCAUGGUGCUGAUGUUAACAGUGUGUCAGACACGGGCUCUACUCCAGUACGCAGCGCUUGCUUUAUGACCCAUCUUGACAUUGUGACUUACUUAGUGGAAAAUGGAGCAAAUAUUUCUAAGCCCAAUUAUAAUGGUGGUACAUGUUUAAUAAAUUCUGUCCAGAGUGUCAAGUUAUGUGAGUACCUUCUCAAGCACGGUGCUGAUGUCAAUGCACAAGAUAUUCAGAACAAAACAGCCUUACACUAUGCCAUUCAAGAACACAGAUUUGAGACCACAAAAUUACUCCUCGACCAUGGAGCCAACCCACACCUCACCAGCAGGUACCACGAUGAUGCCCUGCAGACAGCGUGCAUCAAGGGGGUGUGUCAGAUAUUUGAGUAUUUGAUAAAUGUUUUCUCUUAUUUCCCAAGUCGGAUUGCAGAUGGAUACGAGCUGCUCGGUACGACGUUCUUGGACGAGCACCACGACAUUCAGGCAGCUCUCCAGUACUGGCGAAAGGCGGCAAGUGUGCGUCAGGCAUCAGGGGUGUCCAAACAGAUUUUACCUGCUAGAAGAAAUUAUCAGUUUGCUUUAGAAUUUAAGACUUCAGAAGAACUGGAAGCCAUCGCCAUCGACUUAAACGGUAUGCGAACGCAGAGUUUGUUGAUAUGUGAGCGUAUCUUAGGAAUAGCACACAAGGACAUGAUCUUUAGGUUGAUGUAUCGAGGGGCAGCUUAUGCAGAUUCUCUACAGUAUCAAAAUUGUAUAGACUUGUGGCUUUAUGCCCUGGAACUCAGGAUUCAGAGAGACACGAUUCUUUUUAAUGAAACCUGUUUCACGGCUCAGGCAUUAGUGCGACUCUAUUUAGACAUGAUCGACAAGCACAGUGCAGGUGUGAUGCAAAACACAGUGAGUUUUGACGAUGCUUACCGUACGGUAGAGUUACUCGCAGAACAGCUACCCAAGUGCAUGGCUCUCCUCCGAAUACAACCGGUCCAUAAAAAACACCAAAGCAAUUUUGACCACAUGCUGAAAGUUUUAACACAUAUGCUAUUUGUCGUGCUUCAUAUUCCAAGGAUGGAGGAGCAACAAGAAAAGGUGGCGACUCUAGUUAACAACAUUCUACGUGUGGACCCAAGAACGUGCCAAGGGGGUCACUCGCUUCUUCACCUUGCUGCUAUGAAGACUAAUGUGCUCAACAAUCACUCGUUAUUAGAAGAAGAACAUAUGACCCCAUUUCCCUCUGCGGGUGUUGUGUCCUUCUUGCUGGCGUGUGGCGCUCCAGUGAACGCAACCAACGACAAAGGAUCAUCUCCCUUGUUUAUGGCAUCACAGGAUAUGCUCUUCAAGGAGGAGAUCGUGGAGGUGCUACUGAAGGCGGGAGGACACGUGGACCAGGUGACGGCAUUUGGGGAGAGACCAAGUAAGAAUCUGAGGCUUAACCCCAAGUGUCAGAUCAGCAUCCUAAACUAUACCUCUCUCAAGUGUCUGGCUGCCAGAGUUAUUCAGGAACACAGGAUUCCCUACGUCGGUGAAGUGCCCACCCACCUGGAAUCCUUCAUCAAGAUGCACUAGAUACCCCCAGGAUGGUGCAUCACAACCUUAUACUUCACUUAAAUAUCCACGCCAGGAGGCAAUCACUCUUGUUGGCAGAUCCCUAUGCACUUAAAGCCCCCCAUACAAGUAUACUGCCUCAGUUGCUUCUGAUUGGUUGCUAAGGAUGAGUGUGUGCAAAUAUCAGGCAUCUGAGAAGCCCCAGUACAGUACAGUACAGUACAGUACUGUACUGUACUGUAAUAAUAACAGAGUACAGUAUUAUGUUAUAAUUAUUGUUGUAAACUUUCUAAAAGGAUAAAAUAUUUUAAUGUUUGAAUUUUCAAAAUUUAUUAUGAACAUAAAAUAGUAUUUUUAUUAAAGAAAAUACUCAUUGUUUAAAAACAAUUGUUGCCAUUUUUUCUAUACUGUAUUAAGUUUAUGCUGUCUGACUCAAAGUGUUUGUUAACCCUCUGUGGUAGACAGAGCUGAGCUACACAGGAAUUAGUGUAAUAAACUGUAGUUGUUGACCAGCAGCAGCUUACCAUAGUUGAUUUGUCAUAUCCAGUGUCAAGCAUAUUUUUAUCACUGUAUGAUUGUGUCCAUGUGUAUAAGCCUGUGUGCUGUAUAAUAAUGUAUAAUGAUACAAUUUAGCUUUAUUUUUUAUGGCUUUUAUACUUAAAAGUAUCCCAAAUUGAAUAUUAAGUGAACAUACAGUACAGGUACAGUAUUUCAAUAUCAAAUUAGCAUUAUAUUAGUUACUUCAUAAUACAGGAAGGCUGUGUUAGAAAUGCAGAAAAAACUUAAGUUUGUCUUUAUGAAGGGCAUUUGGCUUUACAGUAUUGUACAUGUAAGUGUUUUUUUUUAGCCCUAAAUGAUCACUAUAGGACGUGCUGUAAGUAUGGAAAAAAUAAACCUUCACAGUGCUAUGAUCAGACUUUAUUCCUGCUGAUUUUUAGCUUCUGUUUAUCCCACGUCCUGAAAUAUAGUACUGAACAUGUAUACAUAAUAUAUACUGUGCAGCUUAAUCAUUUAGGAUUCUCGAAUAAAAAAACAUUACUCAGUACAGUGUAUUUUGGUACAGUACAGUACUGUAAUACCAAAUGUUGGAUGGGUAAUUCAUAAACAUUCACAAGAUUCUACCAAAACCCAACAGUAGUGUACACUGAAGCAUAGAGAUCCAAUACUGAUACAUGUAAUCACUGGAACAUAUACCUGUAUACAGUACUGUACUGUAGUGCCAGUCACUUUAUAUACCUACGUCACUUUCAAUGUAUACUGUAAAAGGGAAAAUUUUGCAUAUUGGCUCUGCAUAACAUUAACCCCUUGUGUACGGGUUCCCCUUUGUGCUGAAUAAAAUCGUUUGGUGUUAGACAAAUAAAAUAUUAAAAGUGUCAUCCCCAUAGAGAAGGAGUUAAAGAGAAAUUAAUAUUAUUAGAUAUUUUGUCUAAACUUUACAUAAACAAUAAGCGUGUUUCUGCUGCAUAGAAGUCCCUGUGUGGUCAUUUCCUUCCUCCUUUCUGAAGAAUAUGUCGAGAUAAUUUCCAGUUAAGGAACACAUAUAAAGGAUGCUUUCAUAGGUGCAAAACAGUACAGUACAGUACAGUACAGUACAGUAUAUAUUCUUUGAUUUACAUAAAAUAACAAAAUCACAAAUUCUGGUUGGAAAGGCAGUGUGACCAGAUAAUUGUCAGAGUAAUGGUCAAGAAAUUGAUACACUAUGCUUUACUUUAACUACCACAAGAAAAAGGCUCACAUAAGUCAUAGUCACCAUUUUGUUUAUGCCUGGCAGAGUAAAUAUAUCAGGGGAUAGAUUUAUUUUAUCAAGUGAGUUGAUAUGAAACCAUCCAUAAUAUUUUAAGGAACCCCGUCAGUAACUUUUGGUGAACCUACUGUACCCUGUACUGUUGGCCUCAAUCCAUGAAAUUUUGAAAAUGAUCGACUAGUUUCCAGACUUAACAACUUCACUAAUACAGUACAGUAUUAUUACUUCAAUAGAAUGCCCACACUCAAAAAAGGUAUCUUUACAGAGGGAGGGUCGAUGAAUUUCAAAAUGAACAACUGCAAUUCCUGUUGUCUCAGUAGGGUUGCCAAAAUCCUUCGUCUGUUGUGUCUUACAGUAUUGUCAAACACUAAAUCGUAAAGAUACAUUUUUCAUUUUAUUCUUCUCAAAGAAAUAUAAUUCAUGUUGAAAACUUUUAUACAUUACAGUACAGUAUAGGAGUUCAGUCACCAUCAGCAGGACUUCAUGAUUUUGUCCGAGCAAAUAAUAUCAUACUGUACUUACCAAUAAUUGAAAUGUUUAUAUUUGAUAGUAAAAGGGAGAUAUUAAAUACAGUGCGUGAUAAAUAACCGUGUUCUGAGGAGAGCUACAAUACUGUACAGUUCUGGUAUAUUUUAUAAUAUUCUUAUUUUAUAUUAUAUGUCAGUGUUAGAGUUGCCAGCCACUUCUCCAUAAAAAAAAAUGGGGCUUACUGUUGAUGGCACCCAUAAGACCAUAUUUAAGAGCUACAGUGAUUCUUAUUGGCACCAAGAGUGUUGGUUCACAUUAGGUGUAGCUAACUAUGGUUUUGGUAGCAUCUUGUGCCAGAUGUAUUGAGGACAACUGUUAAGGUCGUCCCAACCAAGAGCUAUGCUAUGCACGUGUGUUACGUGUCUUUGAACAGCUACAACGGUUUCUAAAUUAGAUGCCACACUGUGUGUGGCUUACAUAGCAUUGCUGCUGGUGUGAGUUACCUUACUUAAAAACCAUUGUAGUUGUUCAUCGACACGUACCACAGAUGCACAGCGUAACUCUUGGAGUGAGACCACCUUUACGCUGUGCCUCUCCUGCCCACGUCCUUCUCAUCAACUCUUUACAGUUUUAACAUCAUAUUUUAUCAUGAACUUAAACUGUUUCACUGUUUGUUAUACAGAACUUAUUUUAUGGUACUACCGUAUACUGUACAGUACUGUAUUAGUCUAAAUAUAACACAAAGUGAUGUGACAAGCACAAUUCUGGUUAAGGAGUCUUUAAUGAUGGCAGUGUUGGUCACUGUACAGUACAGUGUGUAUAAAAACAAGAAGUGUGAUGAUAAGAUUAAUUUAUUAUGAAGUAUAUAUUGUAAGUUCCUUCAAAUAUAAUUCUUUAAUUUGAACCACUUCAGGAGAGCAAUACUGUAUAUGUAUAUUGUAACUUAGUUGUUGUAAGCACAUACAGUAGCUACCUCUUAUUUGAUAAUUAAUACAAAAAAAGUUAAUUUUCAAAUUCCUUCUUUCUUUCUUAAAUGUGUUUCAAGAGCUGUAGUUGUGAAGUGUUGCUCAUGUUUUUCUUUGUAACAACACUCAUUUCUUUUUGUAUGUGUGUGUGUGUGUAAAAGUAAGUUUGUUAUUCAUUGGUUUAUAUUAUGACAUUAUAGGUGAAUUGGCAACACAAAUUAGUCCAUAUUUCAGUAGUAUUUUCCUAUGGUGACAAGCCGUUGUGCAAGCCACUCAUCUUAUGUUUACAUAGUGAGAAAUUAGUUAAUAAUUCUGUCUGCAAUAUUCAUAUAGACCAGAUCUUGUAUAGUUUUGCCUUAAUGGUUAGGACUUAUAUGGUUAGAAUAUGCACAGCACAAAAACCAAUUAUCCCACCACGAACGAGUUAUCUCAAUCGGUGGGUGCGUUGUCACCAAGAUGUGUUCUAGCAUCAACACUAAUAGAUUGUAAGGCUUAUGACACACCACUCAAACAUGAUUGAGAGCUAUACAGUAAGAGUCGUAUAGCUCAUAAAGAAGCAUUUUGAUCAAUAUUUCGCUACUUACAAAUAAUAUUAUGGUUUAGCAAAAAUAAAAUACAGUAAUAUAAAAUAAAAUUAGGUUUACAGUCAUGAUUUUGUAUUUAGAGCUCGUGUAAUUUAGAGCUUGUACAAAGUUUUCCUGAUUGUGAUAAAUUUAUAUAAGAUGGCAAACACACCGAUAGUUUAGAGUAAUUCUGUGGUGCUUCUCAUAUGUUACUGCUAAUCAGACAGACUCUUUCAUCUGUUGUCUAGUGUUUUUGUUGGCUGAUACAAGUUCAGUAGACUCAGUAAUGCACUAUUCCAGCCAUGGUUCAUACGUCACUACUCAAAAGUAGUACAGAAUAUUUGUCUGGUUUCGUGCAGUAGUGGCGUUGAGCCCAACCAAAUAUAACAUAGAAUAAUACGAGUGUAAUGAGCAGCUAAGACAACAAAAAUGAGAAGUUUGUUUAAGAUAACUUUUGUAUCCCAGGUACCAGCAGCACCACACAGCACUGAGGGGUCAAUGUUAACUGUGAUAAGUCAUCCUCCUCGGGGAUAACACACUACCAUUGUUGUGCUUCUUGCUGCAGAGGAUUAGCCAGCGUACAUGGAGUGAAGCCGUUAGAACCAACGGCCCUCUUGCUCUGUCUAUAAAGUUAUUGAGAGAUGAGGCUGGCUACUUGUCUGCAGCAAUGUUCUAUUUCCUAAGGUGUUUUAAUAUUACCGAAUCCUGUAGCUUUAGUCACCUAGAAAAUUGGAAGGGGAAGGAUGACAACCCAAACGUGUCAUAUUGUAAUGAGUAUGUAUCAUUACCUUAGUGCUUAUUAUAACUUUAUUUGAGGAGCUUCAGUAACAUUUAUUGUAAGGAUUUUAUAAAUCUUUUGAUUGACAAUUGUAAUCCCUCAUUGUCGAGGGUAUCAGGAAUGUUCACUUAUUUUUCAUAUACUUUUUUAAAAUCAUUUAUUGAUAAUUCUACAUUUAAAAUCAUGAUUUGUGUGCUUUGUUAAUUGUAAGAUGAUUUUCUAUCUGUAUAAAAGUUUUUUAUUACUUUUUCAAAGGCAACCCCUCCCAUGUUGUGAGAUGUAGGGUAGUUGGUGAUGUAUUGGUUCACAGUGUCCUCCUCACUAGAAUGUAAGACAUUUUGAAAUGCAUAAUUUUGGAAUAUGAGAGAUUUAUAUUUAUAUAUCUAUAUACAGUAAUAUAUAUUGCUAAUUGUUAGACAAUCUUUACUGAGCACAAUAAUUAUUAAAAGUCCAAAAGUUCAUAUUAAGUGGAACGUUUUCAUUAAUUAUUUCCCUUGUAUUAUAACCACUUCCAUUUUCAUAUUGUGUACAAGUGUUUUGCAGAUCUACGAGGACUGUUUUUGCAUUUUACCAGUUGAUCAGACUAGACCUAGUCAAGAGCCGAUCCACCGUUAUUACUGUAUCUUUCUAUGUAUAAUGUCUUGUAUAAUCCAGAAAUAAAGUUAAAUGCAUGA